AUGAGAGGUGCGGUACUUAUUCCUCUUGCGGCGGGCAUUCCGUUUGCCCAUGGCCUGUCUCUCCAUAAACGCGAUGAGCCUGCCGUCGUUCGAAUGCCCAUUGAGCGCAGGAGCGGCCAGUCCUUGCACAAAAGAGAUUCUACGGUCGCCGUGACUUUGCAGAACUGGGAUGCGACUUAUUACGCAGUGAACCUGACAUUAGGAACACCGGCGCAAAAGGUGUCAUUGGCUCUGGACACUGGCAGCAGCGACCUCUGGGUGAACACCGGCAACUCGACCUACUGCUCCAUCGACAAUCUAUGCACCCCUUAUGGCUUGUACAACGCCAGCGAAUCGUCCACCGUGAAAACCGUCGGCACAUACCUCAAUGAUACAUAUGCGGACGGCACAAAUCUCUACGGACCUUACGUGACUGAUAAACUAACGAUCGGCAACACGACAAUCGAUGACAUGCAGUUUGGGAUCGCCGAAUUUACGACUAGUAAACGCGGGAUCGCCGGUGUCGGUUACAAAAUUUCGACCUACCAGGCCGAGUACGACGACAAAGUCUAUGCCAACCUCCCUCAGGCCCUCGUCGACAGCGGUGCUAUCAAGUCUGCUGCGUACAGCAUCUGGCUAGAUGAUUUGGAGGCGUCGACCGGUUCGCUCCUUUUCGGAGGUGUCAAUACAGCCAAAUACAAGGGCGAUCUCCAGACCCUUCCGAUUAUUCCAGUUUAUGGCAAAUACUACUCCCUCGCCAUCGCCCUCACAGAGCUUAGCGUUGCGACCGACUCCAACACCAGUAGCUUUACUGACAGUCUUCCCCUCUCCGUGUCACUUGAUACUGGCACCACCUUGACGGCGCUGCCCAGCGAUCUCGUCAACAAGGUUUAUGAUGCGCUCAACGCAACCUACGACAAGACAUACGACAUGGCCUACAUCGAUUGCGACACCAGAGAGUCCGAUUACAACGUGACCUAUAGUUUCUCCGGUGCAACGGUCACCGUCAGUAUGAGCGAGCUGAUUAUCCCCGCAACGGAGCCGGGGUGGCCCGACAACACCUGCGUAUUGGGCCUCGUGCCGAGCCAGCCGGGUGUGAACCUGCUCGGCGAUACAUUCCUGCGCAGCGCAUACGUUGUAUACGAUCUCGAGAAUAAUGAGAUCUCCCUCGCCAACACCAACUUUAACCCGGGUGACGAUGAUAUCCUUGAGAUCGGAACGGGAACGUCCGCUGUGCCAGGAGCGACACCGGUUCCCUCUGCCGUCUCUUCCGCUACUGGAAAUGGAUUGGUCUCGACUGGCACUGCAGUGCCCACUCUGUCGGGUGUCACCAUCACUGCUACGGCCACAGCGACCGGGGCGACGGGCACUGCUUCGAGCGGCGGCUCAUCGGCCGAAGCUACGAGCACUUCCUCGGAGGGUGCUGCAGCGCAGGCCACGAGCAACCCCAUGAAGCUGCUUUCAGGACUUGCGGGCGUGGGAUUGCUUCUUGCAUUGUAG